AGAUGAUACAGUAACAUGUCUUGUGUUGAGCAAUUUAACUACAAACCCCACGAUGCCUUGUAUUUCCUGCCACAGAAAAAGCUCCCUCUGACAGCUCUGUCCCAGGCCAUGCAGGAUGGAGGAAGCCAGCUGGGGGAGGAGUCACUGAUUGGUAAGAUGAUGGAUGUGUGUGGGGAGGCAGAGAGCAGACUAGCGUCUGAGCUGAUGCAACACGAGGUCCAGCUAGAGAGAGACAUCCUCGAACCUCUCAACCAGCUAGCAGAGGUGGACAUUCCCAACAUCCUGAGACAGAGGAAACAGCUGGCUAAGCUAGUGCUAGACUAUGACUCAGCCAGAGCCAGGUGGUUGCAGGCAAGCAAGUCUAUUCACUUUUCCACAAACUACCAGGCCACUGUCGCCAAGGUUGAGACUCUCAAAGACGAGAUGGACGAGGCCCUGAACAAAGUGGAGAUGUGUAAGGACCAGCUGUCUGCUGACAUGUAUAACUUCUCCUCCAAGGAGGGAGACUACGCCCGCUACUAUGUUAUUUUGGUAGAGGCCCAGGCUGACUACCACAGGAGGUCUCUGGCUGCUCUGGAAGGAGUCCUGCCGACCAUACAGGCACAGAACGACUCAUGGAUGGAGAAGCCUGCGUACGGCACGGCUCUGGAAGAGCACCUGAAGAGGAGUAACCGUGAGAUCGCCCUGCCCUUAGAGGCCUGUAUCAUGAUGCUCCUGGAGACUGGCAUGAAGGAGGAGGGUUUGUUCCGAAUCGCUGCUGGGGCCUCCAAACUAAAGAAGCUGAAGGCAGCCCUGGACUGUUCCACCUCCCAGUUAGAGGAGUUUUACUCCGACCCCCAUGCUGUAGCUGGAGCUCUGAAGUCCUACCUCAGAGAGCUGCCUGAACCCCUUAUGACCUUCGCACUGUAUGAUGAGUGGACACAAGCCUCCAAUGUGUCUGACCCAGACAGGAGACUUCAGGCUUUGUGGGUGGCAUGUGACGGUUUGCCAAAGAACCACAAGGCCAACUUUAGGUAUCUGGUAAAGUUCCUAGCCAAGCUGGCCCAGGACAGUGAGGUGAAUAAGAUGACUCCCAGUAACAUCGCCAUAGUGCUGGGACCCAACCUGCUCUGGUCCAAGACUGAGGGGACUCUGGCAGAGAUGGCUGCUGCUACCUCGGUCCAUGUGGUGGCCAUCAUAGAACCCAUCAUCCAGCACGCUGACUGGUUCUUCCCAGAUGACGUGGACUUUAACGUGUCGGGCAUGUUCGUGGCCAUGACCCCUGAACCUGACCCAGGCCCUUUCGAGAGGCGACGCCCCGGAAGCCUGGUGGACGGGGACACUCCCCGCAAAGACAGCCCCGCUCCUAACAAACUGGGUGACCCCACCCCCACCCCACGUAGAGCUGCCACUCUAAAUAGAAAACAGCACCAUCAUGCCUCUUCGCCCGCCUUCCAGCCCCCUCUACCACCGCCAGAGGCUGGAGGCGUCCCCCAGACCCAGCCUGUGGCUGAGCCCCAGACCCAGGAGCAAACUCUGUGUGGGAGUACGGAGGCUGGCCAGCCUGGCCUGGCUGGGGGUGGUGGUGGUGGUGGUAGUGGGGGUCAAGGUCAGGGUGGGGCACCAGAGGUCCAGGUGGCCACAGGGCAGCAGCCUCUGCCUCUUACCCAGCACAGCGCUGAGGAGAGCAGCCCUGGCCAUGACCCCACCUCCACCCCCCCUCCCCUGAGGAACGGGGGCUCCCAGCUCACCGUGGGGACGCCCCACUCCCAGGCAGGAUGCAGGGGUCCCAGCCCCCACAUUGGACGCAGAGGUACUAAGAAGCAAGCCCCUGCCCCACCCAAACAAGCCAACCCCUUUGUAGCUAAUGUCUCCACCCUUGGCCACAGUCCCGCGUCUAACAACCCCUACCCCCUCAUCGCUCCACGACGCCACUCUGGUAAAGAAACCCCCCUCCACGCCCCCAGCCACCCGCCCCCACAGCCCCCACAAGCCCCCCAGUCUCAGGGGGAGUCAGACCCCUCUCCGCCUCACACCCCCACACCCCCUAGCACCCCUCCUCACGAUGGUCCAACCUCCACCCCCUUCACCCCUCUAUCCUCCUUCCACUCUGGCUCCCUCCCUCGCCCCACCAGGCCGGCUCCGAAGCCACGCUCCCGACCUACAGUUCCCCCGCCCCGUCAGCCGCCCACCAAUGACGACAGCAACGGGACCUGCGGCUCCGCCUCCAAGGUCAUCACCGAUGCCAGCCUGAACUUGAAGGGGAUUGGCCGAGCCCUUAUCCCUGAAAUUACGGUGGGCAUACAAGGGGAGAGCUCUGCUGGUCAUGAGCCCGCCCCCUCUCCAACCCCACCCUCGGACCCUGAGAUCCAAUCAGAGAGCACCAGUCUGUGAAAGCGGGAGGGAUCACUCCAACUGACAUCACCAAAAAAACAUUCUGCCUCUGCCCAAUUGGUCAAUAUGCUAGCCAUUCGUCCAAUCGCCGUAGUCAGAGUCAGCUCUGAGCCUCUACAGACUGGACCAUACAAACUCCCUGUGCUCAAUCAAUCCAGUGAGCAAUAAUGUCUGCAACAAACAAUCCCUAGCCAACAUUACUCUCUACAACAAUACAGGGACUAGACAACCUUCUCUAGCUCCAAAAUCCAAACUCAACACUGUUGGCACCCACCCAACACCAACACCCUUCCAUAAACCAUCAACCCUGAACAGUAUUGGAACUGGACCACAGGAUCACCCCAUGUUCAUUGAACCUUCAACCUGCUAAACAUGAUAUAUAUAUAUAUAACCACUGAACUCCAAUGCUGGCGAAGCUGUAAUGUUAUGACCCAGUACCUGGAAGCAUCUGAUGCAAAUCUGAAUAUACUGUUUCAUCGUUGAUCUUUGGAUCCAUUGUAGAAUGCUGACAUUGAAUUGGGGCUGGGUGGGAGGCUAAGCUUGUAAACCUAUAAGCUCAGAACUAGUAUGUUUGUAUUAUGCAGCUUUCCUCCCUGUGGUACAUUGUAUGGUGGUUGUAGGAAUGUUUUUUUGAAUGGAAAUUGCUCAUUUGUAUACAUGUCCUCAAUGCAUUACCUAAGAUUGUCUACAAAACUGCAAUUUUGCCCCAUUUGAGAACUUUCUUUAAUGGUUUUUAAUGGGCCAAAUAAUACAAAUGUAAUGCAGAAAGUGCUAUUGAUGAGCAAAUAUACAUGGUGAGCCCAAAGAAUCCUAUAAAGUGCCCUACUUGAUUUGAUGAGAGCUCAAGGACCAAAGAUGCCAGUUGAUUAAUAACUACAUUUGGUGAGUGUGCUGCUUUGUGUUUCUAAUAUAAAUGUUUUAAUAAAUAGUUGCCAAGGACCAAAUAAGUAUCAGUGAGGAGUGCAAUUGAAGUAACUGGAUUUGUUUCAUAGUGUGCCUUCUCCACUCCCAAUAUUCACCCUGUUUCAUAGUGUGCCUUCUCCACUCCCAAUAUUCACCCUGUUUCAUUCGUUUCAUAGUGUGCCUUCUCCACUCCCAAUAUUCACCCUGUUUCAUUUGUUUCAUAGUGUGCCUUCUCCACUCCCAAUAUUCACCCUGUUUCAUUCGUUUCAUAGUGUGCCUUCUCCACUCCCAAUAUUCACCCUGUUUCAUUUGUUUCAUAGUAUGCCUUCUCCACUCCCAAUAUUCACCCUGUUUCAUUCGUUUCAUAGUGUGCCUUCUCCACUCCCAAUAUUCACCCUGUUUCAUUCGUUUCAUAGUGUGCCUUCUCCACUCCCAAUAUUCACCCUGUUUCAUUUGUUUCAUAGUAUGCCUUCUCCACUCCCAAUAUUCACCCUGUUUCAUUUGUUUCAUAGUGUGCCUUCUCCACUCCCAAUAUUCACCUUGUUUCAUAGUGUGCCUUCUCCACUCCCAAUAUUCACCCUGUUUCAUUCGUUGUUUUUAACCUGUCUUACCUCAAUAUACUAUAGGACCGAGUUUUAUUCAACCCCAAUCAAACCAUGUGAUACAUUGUUAUUGACAGAGCUGAAUUCAAACAAAAUAGUCACCCCUGCCAAAAAGGUGUAUACCAGUCACAGAUUUCCCCUUUAAAAGAAAAGUGAUGGAUUGGACAUUUCCUGCCACAGAUUUUUUAUUUGAGAAGUUAUUUGUUUUGAUAUCCAUUUUGAUUUAAUUUAGCUCAGGAAAUGGACAAGCAACAACCCAACAGAACAAUAUCCCAGGUUUUAUUUUAUGAUUACUAUUCAAAUUAAGGAUAUUAUGUUGACAAUCUUUAGUGGGUAACUUGGCUUGUCACUAUGCUUUCGAUUAUUGCCUUUUGUUUCACUACAUUGCACGUUUUGAAUGUGAUUUGCGUAGCUUUUUUUCUGCCCGUGUCUUUUCAACCUGAACAAAGAUUUUCGAUAAUGAGUGAAUGGAACCUCCACUGUUUGUUCAUAUUAAAGGAAAAUAGUUUUGGGUAUUAUUACUCCAAAUAAAGAAAACAAAACAUGACUUAAAA